CCGGGUCUGGACGGCUCUUCCACCUUCCCCCGGCCAUCCGGGCCAUCGGGCAGCUCCCUCCCUCCCUCCCCCAGGAAGCGCUUGGCUCCUAGCCGCCUCCCGCCCCGCCCCGGGCGGGGCCUCCUAGGCUGGGCCGUUACCGGAAGUGUCUUCAUCUGGAAACCGGGGACGCUCUAGCCGGCAGAAGGGUGCUCUCUCUACCCCCAAGGAUAGCUCCUCGCGCAGUGCGCUCCUCCGGCCGUGGGGUGGCGAGAGUGCGCUGUGAAGGGCGCCACGCCAGGCCUGGGCGAGGGGACGUCGUUCUCUAUGGCUCCCUGACGCAGGCCCAGCGCAGGCUGGAGGCGGAGCCGGAGGGGGCGGUGCGGGCCGAAGCGCAGGCGCAGUGGGCUCGUAGGCGGUGCGCGCGACCCGGUCUCCAUGGCAACGCCGCACGGCGGCGCCUGAGGCGGGCCCAGAGCAGUCUGAAGGAGGAGCCGGAGGCGGCCUCGGCAUGGAUGCGCUGUGGGGCGCUGCCCCGCGCCCGCCGCCGCGCGGCCUGGACCCCUCGGACAGCCCGGGCUCCACCCCAACCGGGACCCUUCGGCUCCGCCGCCCGCCGCUGCCCUGGGCGCGCUUCUCCGGCUGGCUCGAGUGUGUGUGCGUGGUGGCCUUCGACCUGGAGCUGGGCCAGGCCCUGGAGCUGGUGUACCCUUAUGACUCCAUGCUGACAGAGAAGGAGAAAACCAGCAUCUGCUACUUGUCUUUUCCUGACUCCUACUCAGGCUGCCUUGGGGACACCCAGUUUAGCUUCCGGAUGCGUCAGUCUGGGGGACAGAGGAGCCCCCACUCUCUCGAUGACGAAGAUGGCUAUAACAGAGGGGCUCCUGUCACCCUGCAGAGAGAGGCUGCCCACUUCUUUGGCUACGUGUACUUCAGGCAGGUGAAAGACAGUGCUGUGAAGAGAGGCUACUUCCAGAAGUCACUGGUGCUGGUGUCCCGCCUGCCCUAUGUGAAUUUGUUCCAGUCGCUGCUGAACCUCAUUGCUCCUGAGUACUUUGAAAAGCUGGUUCCAUGCUUGGAAGCGGUGUGCAACGAGAUCGACCAGUGGCCGCCCCCAGUGCCAGGACAGACUCUGAAUCUACCAGUGAUGGGAGUCGUCAUACAGGUACGGAUCCCGUCCCGUGUAGACAAGUUAGAGUCAAGCCCUGUAAAGCAAUUUAACCAGGAGAACCUGCUCCCUGCUCCAUUGGUUCUCUCCAGUGUUAAUGAGCUGGAUCUUUUCAGGUGUUUCCAGCCUGUGCUGAUUCACAUCCAGCUGCUGUGGGAGCUGAUGCUCCUGGGGGAGCCCCUUGUAGUCAUGGCACCAUCUCCAACCAUCUCAUCAGAGAUGGUGCUGGCUCUGACCAGCUGUCUGACUCCCCUCAAGUUCUGCUGUGACUACCGACCCUACUUUACCAUCCAUGACAGUGAGUUCAAGGAAUACACUACCCGGACCCAGGCCCCACCCAAUGUUGUCCUGGGAGUCACAAAUCCUUUCUUUAUCAAAACACUUCAGCAUUGGCCACACAUCCUCAGGAUUGGCGAGCUCAAAAUGUCAGGAGACCUUCCCAAGCAAGUCAAGAUGAAGAAACUGACCAAGUUGAAGACCCUGGACACCAAGCCAGGGCUCUACACGUCCUACAAAACCUACCUGCACAAAGACAAAACGCUCAUUAAGAGGCUGUUGAAGGGCAUCCAGAGGAAGCGUCCUUCAGAGGUGCAGAGCGCGCUGGUUCGACGACACCUCCUGGAACUCACACAGAGUUUCAUCAUUCCCUUGGAGCACUACAUAGCAAGCCUGAUGCCCCUGCAGAGGACCAUCACCCCCUGGAAGACUCCCCCCCAGAUCCGUCCUUUCCGCCAGGAUGACUUCCUGAAGAGCCUGGAGCAUGCUGGCCCCCAACUUACCUGUGUCCUCAAGGGGGAUUGGCUAGGCUUGUACAGGCGGUUUUUCAAGUCUCCUAAUUUUGAUGGCUGGUACCGGCAGCGGCACAGGGAGAUGACCCAGAAGCUGGAGGCGCUGCACCUGGAGGUGAUCUGUGAGGCGAACAUCCUAACCUGGAUGAAAGACAAGUCUGAAGUAGAGAUUGUCGAUCUGGUCCUGAAGCUCCGAGAAAAGCUUAUCCAGGCCCAGGCUCACCGGCUUCCGGUGAAGGAGGAGACGCUGCAGCAGGUGGCUCUGUACAUCGACACCGUCAUUGGUUCCCUGCCUGAUGACCUGCAGGCUGUCCUGCGGCAUCCCUGACGUCGCCCUGCUCUUCUGGCUUCCAGAGACCCCCACUUGGGAAGAAAGGGACGACUAGACAUUGCCCAGUUCUGCCAAGCCUUCUUGGCCCUGGCCUCUCUGAGCUCUGGGCUGGGAGGGUAAGGAGGGAGGCCCAGGAGGCUGGGCUGGGCAGGAGGGAAAUGGGUGAUGAGUACUUGGGCUUCUCCUUUCAGCCAUACCUUGCUCCAUUGGGGGCUGGGCCCAGCAGAGUAGGAACCUGGGACUGCAGCCCCUUCUUUCCCUUUCCCUCAUCACAACUGCCUCAGGAGCCUCCAGGAGGGGCUGUGCUGGACCCAGCCUCUGUUAUGGCAGGGUUUACCAGCUGCUCAGCCCUCCAGAGACCCUUCAUAUGAAGGAGUACUGUCCAGGAAGCCUGAACCCAGACAAUUGCCAGGAGGAUGAGGGCGGGAGCCUUCGGUGAUAGAACAGCCAGAGUAGGCCCCUCAUCUGCACAGCUCCCUGCCCUUUCUUUGGGACUCUGCUCAGGCUCCCACUUCACACCUGCCCCAGAGAAGGCUCCUGUUGGAGCCAAGGUAAAGGGCAGGGGGCAGGGGCCUGGUGCCAGCCAAGCCCUUUGCUUUCCUCAUCCUGUUUCAAAGCAGGGAGCUUCAGCCAAGCACAAACCCACCCUGUUGCCUGUUUCCCUUAGGCCAGGCAUCCCUUCCUGGGCCCCUCCCGCAGCCCUGCCAUUAACCUCCUCUUGCUAAGGGCCAGGCCUGGCAGGGGCAAGGCGGAAGCAGCUGGCUCUGCUUUUCCAUCUCACCAGAGAGCCCUGGCCCUGUCUCCAGCUGGCUCCUGGAGUCUUCCUGUGGGCCUUGAUAACUGAAGCCACCAAUCUGUCUAAUAGUAAAGGAGAUUGUUUUAAA